ACCUCUUGCAUACUAGUGCGCGCAAUUUGUGCCGGCAAACUGCCUCAAGUCCGCUCUUCAGGGGCGGGUGGCCAGGAUCCCGAAGAGGACGUGGCGUGCUUGUGUUCGUUUUUUUUUUGGACAAAUGCUGGUGUGCACACGUGAACAGGCGGAAUGGAAAAAUACGAGCGGGCGUUGUCUUUCGAGAUGAGCUAAGCUUUCAGUAUACGUCUAUAUCAGAUGUUGAUCAUGAUCCUGUGUCGAGAGAGGCCGAAAACAAGUACUCUGUGCCUCUGGUCAUGAGCGGAGUGACAAUCAUUGCGCAUUUAUUUUUGAACGAAGCCCGAGCGAGGCAACAACAACAUCAAAAUACCACGAUCAUCAUGUCGGAGUCGGCACUUGCGCUCCACGUGCUGUAGAAAGUAAAGAAAAAUGGAUUUUUCCCCGGCCGCAGGCGAGGAGGUGCUGACUGUCACGCAAGAUGAACAAGCGGGUAUACCUACCUACUACUUCCCCUGGCCGCUGUCUUUUGUAGAGCCGGAAUGGAGUUACUUCUUCUUUCUCCGGCUCUUCUUCGCGUUCACAGUGGGCACGAACACCGCGAUGACGGUGGGACUUCUGUCGGUUUUCGCGUUGCCGCUCGGCGCUAGCUCCUUUGCCCUGUCCGUGAUUUGUAAAUACUUCCUGCUGCCGCUCUCCGGCCCGGCGUCGCAAUCGGUGAUCGGGUACUUCUUCGAUACGGUCCGAAUAUGCUGCCACGAGGUGGCGAUGGGCGUGUUUUGGGGCACGAUUUGGCCCUUUCUCUUCGUGGUGGGCCGGGACGUGGUGAAUUAUUUCCGGAAGAGGUGGAGGAGCAAAAUCGUGUAAGGAGAAGUUCUACAGAAAUCACGGAAUAUUCACAAUUAGAAGAGGAAAUGCAAAUAUGUGUUUUGUCCACGACUACUUCUACUCUUCCCGUAGUUCUGAACGCCGACUUUUUUGCAUGCUUGUCAUAUGGUGCAGGGGAAACAGGUUGAAGCCGUCGGUAAUAAUUCGUUUGUAGUUGGUGGUGCUGUCAUACGAGAACGAGAAAGAAAGUAAAUGCACAACUAGGCCAGGAUGAAUGUACCAUUUUUGUUUUUGACUAUUUGGACCUGCUUGAAUCAUGUUUCGCUCGAAAAAAAAUUUCUGAGUCUGUGCACGUCCUGUGUGUGCGUGUACAGAUGAGACGAUGUUGUGGUGGCUUCGUAUCCGU